AUUGAAUUAAAUAAUUAGAUCCGUGCAUUAAAAUGAAAUGCGGGACCGGAAAGGAGUGCACCAUUGAUGCCGAGUCGGGAACAGCUAAGUGUCAGUGUAUUAGCGCUUGUGCUGAUAAUACUGACGUCCGGCGUCGGGUCUGUUCCAACCACAACGAGACCUGGCAAUCAGACUGUCAUCUAUUCAGACAUCGUUGCACUUGUGUCGAGGUAAUAAUAAGGUUGUGUUAUAACAGCAAAAAAAUUCACACCACUAAAGAAGAUGCGGAACAUUUGUCUCGGAAAUGGAUCGAUGCUAUCAUCUGGAAGUUCUGUGAUUUAGAUAAACAGCCGCACGACAGGCAUGUAUCGCGUCAUGAAUUGUUUCCACUUCGGGCUCCGUUGCUAUCUAUGGAGACGUGUAUAUCAGAUUUUUUGGACAAUUGCGAUGAAAAUAGUGACCAUAAGAUUACAUUAGUCGAGUGGGGAAAGUGUUUGGGAGCCUCUGAUGCUGAAAUGGAAGACAAAUGCAAUCAAUUUAAAGCAACACAAGAAGCAAAUUAAUGUCUUCGUUAUUAUUCUUAACUCAUUAUUCUAUUCAAUUUGAUGUUAAAUCUCUCUCUCUCCCUUUCUUUCCAAUCUGACUGACUCUCACUAAUUAAGUGAAAUUUAUGUACUUUUAAAUGUAAUAAGAUUUUGCUUCAAUUCCUGAGUUAAGAAUUAUUACU